GCUGCAUGGCGCUGAGAUGGCGGGGGCGCCGCGCGGCCAAGGCGGCGGCGGAGGCGCGGGCGAGCCCGGGGGCGCAGAGCGGGCGGCCGGGCCGGGCGGCCGGCGUGGGUUCCGGGCGUGUGGCGAGGAGUUCGCGUGCCCCGAGCUGGAGGCGCUGUUCCGCGGCUACACGUUGCGGCUGGAGCAGGCGGCCACGCUGAAAGCGCUGGCUGUGCUCAGCCUGCUGGCAGGCGCCCUGGCGCUGGCUGAGCUGCUGGGCGCACCGGGGCCAGCGCCCGGCCUCGCCAAGGGGUCGCACCCAGUGCACUGCAUCCUUUUCCUGGCGCUGUUCGUGGUCACCAAUGUCCGAUCCCUGCAGGUGUCCCAGCUGCAGCAGGUCGGUCAGCUGGCGCUGUUCUUCAGCCUCACCUUCGCGCUACUCUGCUGCCCCUUCGCGCUGGGCGGCCCCGCGAGGAGCUCUGCGGGAGGCGCAAUGGGCUCGGCGGUCGCCGAGCAAGGGGUUUGGCAACUCCUUUUGGUCACCUUCGUGUCCUAUGCCUUGCUGCCCGUGCGCAGCCUACUGGCCAUCGGCUUCGGGCUGGUGGUGGCUGCCUCGCACUUACUGGUCACAGCCGCCUUGGUCCCUGCCAAGCGCCCACGUCUCUGGAGGACGCUCGGUGCCAAUGCCCUGCUCUUCUUUGGUGUGAACAUGUAUGGCGUCUUCGUGCGGAUCUUGACGGAGCGCUCCCAGAGGAAGGCCUUCCUGCAGGCUCGAAACUGCAUUGAGGACCGGCUGCGGCUGGAGGAUGAGAAUGAGAAGCAGGAACGGUUGCUCAUGAGCCUCUUGCCCCGGAAUGUCGCCAUGGAGAUGAAGGAAGACUUCCUGAAGCCCCCUGAGAGGAUUUUUCACAAGAUUUACAUCCAGAGGCAUGACAAUGUGAGCAUCCUGUUUGCAGACAUCGUGGGUUUCACAGGUCUGGCGUCCCAGUGCACGGCCCAGGAGCUGGUGAAACUGCUCAAUGAACUCUUUGGCAAGUUCGAUGAGUUAGCCACGGAAAACCACUGUCGCCGAAUCAAGAUCCUUGGUGACUGCUACUACUGUGUGUCUGGCCUUACCCAGCCCAAGACGGAUCACGCCCACUGCUGUGUGGAGAUGGGACUUGACAUGAUCGAUACCAUCACAUCCGUGGCUGAGGCUACUGAAGUAGACCUGAACAUGCGUGUGGGCCUACACACCGGCAGGGUCCUCUGUGGUGUCCUGGGCCUACGGAAGUGGCAGUAUGACGUAUGGUCCAAUGACGUGACCCUGGCCAAUGUCAUGGAGGCUGCUGGCUUACCAGGGAAGGUCCACAUCACAAAGACGACCCUCGCGUGCUUGAACGGGGACUACGAGGUGGAGCCAGGUCAUGGCCAUGAGAGGAACACCUUUCUGAGAACUCACAACAUUGAGACCUUCUUUAUUGUGCCAUCCCAUCGGAGGAAGAUAUUCCCAGGCUUGAUUCUCUCGGAUAUCAAACCAGCCAAGAGGAUGAAGUUCAAGACUGUCUGCUACCUGCUGGUGCAGCUCAUGCACUGCCGGAAGAUGUUCAAGGCUGAGAUCCCCUUCUCCAACGUGAUGACCUGCGAGGAUGACGACAAGCGGAGGGCAUUGAGAACAGCCUCGGAAAAGCUCAGAAACCGUUCGUCUUUCUCUACGAAUGUGGUCUACACCACUCCCGGUACACGUGUCAACAGGUACAUCAGUCGUCUCCUCGAAGCCCGCCAGACAGAGCUGGAGAUGGCUGAUCUGAACUUCUUUACCCUGAAGUACAAGCAUGUGGAACGAGAACAAAAAUACCACCAGCUUCAGGACGAGUACUUCACCAGCGCCGUUGUCCUCGCCCUCAUCCUGGCUGCCUUAUUUGGGCUUAUCUACCUUCUGGUAAUCCCACAGAGUGUGGCUGUCCUGCUGCUGCUGGUAUUUUCCAUCUGCUUCUUGGUGGCCUGUACCCUGUACCUGCACAUCACACGGGUCCAGUGUUUUCCAGGGUGCCUGACGAUCCAGAUCCGCACCGCCUUGUGUGUGUUCAUAGUGGUCUUAAUCUACUCGGUAGCUCAGGGCUGUGUGGUGGGCUGCCUGCCCUGGGCCUGGAGCUCUCAGUCCAACAGUUCCCUAGUGGUCCUCGCAGCGGGUGGCCGGCGCACUGUGCUGCCUGCCCUGCCCUGUGAGUCUGCACACCAUGCCCUGCUCUGCUGCCUGGUGGGCACCCUCCCACUAGCCAUAUUCCUGCGGGUGUCCUCCUUGCCAAAGAUGAUCCUGCUCUCUGGACUGACUACUUCCUACAUCCUUGUCCUGGAGCUCAGUGGAUACACCAAGGUUGGGGGUGGUGCCCUCUCUGGGCGCAGCUAUGAGCCAAUCAUGGCUAUCCUGCUGUUCUCAUGCACGCUGGCCCUGCACGCCAGGCAAGUGGACGUCAGACUACGUCUGGACUACCUCUGGGCGGCACAGGCGGAGGAGGAACGGGGUGACAUGGAGAGAGUCAAGCUGGACAAUAAGAGGAUCCUCUUCAAUCUCCUGCCAGCCCACGUCGCACAGCACUUCCUCAUGUCCAAUCCCCGGAACAUGGACCUCUAUUACCAGUCCUACUCCCAGGUGGGCGUCAUGUUUGCCUCCAUCCCCAACUUCAAUGACUUCUACAUAGAACUGGAUGGCAACAACAUGGGUGUUGAGUGUCUGCGGCUCCUCAACGAGAUCAUUGCCGACUUUGAUGAGCUCAUGGACAAGGACUUCUACAAGGACCUGGAGAAGAUCAAGACCAUUGGGAGUACUUACAUGGCUGCCGUGGGGCUGGCGCCCACAGCAGGAACCAGGGCUAAGAAGUCCAUCUCGUCCCACCUGUGCACGCUGGCAGACUUCGCCAUCGACAUGUUUGAUGUUCUGGAUGAAAUCAACUACCAGUCCUACAACGACUUUGUUCUCCGAGUUGGCAUCAACGUUGGCCCCGUGGUUGCUGGAGUGAUCGGUGCUCGCAGGCCCCAGUACGACAUCUGGGGAAACACAGUCAACGUGGCCAGUCGGAUGGAUAGCACUGGGGUCCAGGGACGAAUUCAGGUGACUGAGGAAGUCCACCGGCUGCUGAAGAGGUGCUCAUACCAGUUCGUGUGCAGAGGCAAAGUCAGCGUCAAGGGCAAGGGAGAGAUGCUAACGUACUUUCUAGAAGGCAGGACUGAUGGAAACAGUUCCCACGGCAGGACCUUUCGCUUGGAGCGAAGGAUGUUACCUUAUGGGAGAGGCGGAGGCCAGGCCAGACGGCCCCCACUGUGUCCCGCGGCUGGACCCCCAGUCAGACCAGGGCUCCCUCCAGCCCCCACUAGCCAGUACCUGUCUUCCACAGCAGCAGGGAAGGAAGCCUAGUGGAGCCCAUGGGCCACUGGAGAUGCAUGCAAGGCAAGAAUGCUCCAGGGUGACACAAGCCACCAUGGCUCUAGCCAGGACCAGCCAGAGGAGCCAAGUGGCUGGUAGAAGCAUUGUCUAAGUGUGGCCUGAGGCCAGUGGGAGAGGUGCCCAAGCCACCCCUUGGGGCAUCCUGAGCUCUGUCUCUUCCUAAUGACCUGGUUAUGCCUGGCUAGUGUUGCCAUAGGUGGUGGGACCUUGGGAAUAUCUUCCAUGGUCACAGCAAAAGCUAUGGAGGUCAAGCUGGCAGAGGAGCCCACCAUGACUGAGCCCCAAGUCAACUGGCUUAUGGGUGGCUCCGGCCCUGGUAAGCCCUGGCUUAUGGGUGGCUCUAGCCCUGGUAGGUCCUGGCUUAUGGGUAACUCUGAGCCUGGGUAGCAGCUUCAAGUCUGAGUGCCAGACUGGGAAGUUGGCCCCGCUGGGCAGGGCCAUGACAGUUGAGCUUUUCAUGCCAUGGGCACAGCAAAGAGCUGGUCAGGUCUUGGUCAGGGCAGUAAGGGAAGGAUUGAAAGGACGCCUCUUACUGCACGAAGAGCGGGCUUGCUGGUGUUCCUCAAGAGUAGGCUUUUGCUAACAGCCAGAGGCAGGUCUUCUGGAAUCCUCGGGAGGCCCUACAGCCCCACUUCUGUCCUCCUGGCCCGUGCAUUCUCUUCCAACCCAACCUGACUGCUGGUUUCUGACGGCUGCGACAGUGGGCCCUCCUCUUCCUGUGCCCUGGCUGCACAUCCAGGGAGGAGGGGUGCGUGCCGCCUUGUCUUCUCUGUGGUGUCUUGGAUGCUGUAAGUUUAACAAGAAUCAAGCCUUCGUUUAUGCUAAGAGCGAUUGACCCGCUACACCCACGAGUGCUCUCCUUGCCGGAAGACAUCCUCUCCUUGGCCUAACCAGCCCUCCUCUUGGUGGUUUCAGAGUUGGCAGAGUGUGCAUUCCUGAGUCUGGGUGUGGUGUCCCUGCUCCAGGGUGACGAGGAAAGAGUGACCCUGUUGACUGACACCUGGCGCCUCCCACCUGUGCGUCCCAGUGACUGCAGCUGUGAGGAAAUCCUGUCUGGGAUAGGAUUCUGGAGGAUUGGUAGGCAGCAACUGGCUGGAAAUAGCGGGAUGAAGCCUGGCUUUUGGAGAUAUUCAGUCUCAAUCAUAGGAGGCAGCUUGAAGCAGGGCAGGUGGGCAUAAGCCCUGCCUGAUCAUGUCUAUGGAAGCCCAUUUCCUCACGGCUCCCCAAGGGCUUGCCCCUUUCUGAGGGUCCUAUCUCCUUAGAAUAGGGCAGAGCAAAGCCUAUCUCCCCCCCCCCCCGGCAGGGUGCAUGUGUGGCAUUCUGGACUCAGCUCUGGCUCAAGUGUGUGGCUAUGUCGGCACCUGGGUAAUUUUCCAGGUCAGCCAGCGCCCGCCCAUUCCUGGGACACUCAGCUGAGGCUGAGACUCAGGUCACCUGUGGGUAGGAAGAAAACUUUCAACAAGGGAGAGCUGGAGGCUGCACGCAACGUCUCCAAGUCUCUGAGACUUCACCGAUGGUGCCCGAGGGCAGAGGUGGGGCAGCUGUGGGGAUUGCACAUUCUCCCUGGACCAGGCUGGAGCUUGUGGUUGGCAGCACCUUCUGCAGAGGAACUCUGACCCAUGCCCACCCUGCUUUGUUGCCUUUCUGAUGACAUCAGGCAGCACGGUGUGGGGCUUCCUGUCACCCCACUGUGGCUAGAAGCCAGAGCCAGAGCCAGACUGACCUCAGCACUCCAUUGCAGCCUUCAGCACUGGAGAGCAGGUAGCUUCGCCGUCCUCCGGUGGUCACGUCUGGUUCCCGAGGCGUGGUACUUGGCUGUAACAGUGUUGGUGGGAACGCUGGCUCUCACAGAGCUGAGGGCAGCGCGAGAGGCUUUUGGUUUCUCCCCUGGCCCUGAAGACCAUCCUAAGAUUGCAUUUAUAAGAAAGAUUCAGGCUGUUGGGGGGCUCUGAGAAGGGGCAGAUUCAUCUGAGCCGGUGCCUGGGUAGGGCUUGCGAGUACUCUUUCUUUGUGGCUCCUGCCUGCUGCCCGCCCCCCAUGUUGUCCUAUUCUUGGGACAAAUGGCUUUUCCUCAUGGGGGCUCUUUUGCACUAGGAAUUUCUCACCUUGUCUGUCUGUCCGGCAGUCAGCUCAGCCAGGCGUACCCAGAGCAAGUGAGUACAUAGUGGCCCUGGUAGGGGGCUGUGGCGCUGUCCCUGGCCUUCCAGGCCAUUGAGGAGGGUAGAGAACCUCUCACACAGCCUGGGGUUCCUCAGAGUGACUUCUAGGCACCCAGAACUAGUGCCUCUCUGGCUGAGCAGGUUAGGGACAGGAGAGUGGUUCUCAAAGAUGCCCACAUGACAGCCCCAGGUCGUGUGUGUGUGUGUGUGUGUGUGUGUGUGUGUGUGUGUAUGUGUGUGUGUGUGUGUGUCCUUUGCCACAGUGGAGGACCUUCACAAGAGGACUUAGGGUAGGUAGGCCUGAAGGAUUGAGAAAGGAUCCUAGACUACACCAAUGGGCUUAGUGCGGACACAGGGCCCCUCAGAAGUGGACAGAAGGAUGGCCAGGAAAGGUAUGAUGUGUGCUCAGGACUGAGUCUCUGUUGCUGACCUGAAGAUGAUGACAUGAAACACAUUGAAGAGACUUAGGAGGACAGCACAGCUCCAGCCAGCAAAGAAGCCAGGAUAUCACGCCCACAACCACAAGGAGCUAAAACUGGCCACAGCCUGAGUAUGCAGCAGGCAGACCAUCAGAGCCAACAGGGAGGAGGCCACCCAGUGGCCCCUGGACCUGACCUAUAUGAUGCUGAGCAGAGCCAGCCUAGGUCUAUAACACUGCAAUUAUGCAUGCGUGUGUAAAACCAAGGCCACAUGGGUGCAUGGGCAGAGCCACACAAGGUGUGGUCAGAGCGAGAGAAAGCUACCUUCUAGGAUGACAUUGCCUUCUCUGGGCACAGGACUGUUCUGAAGUAGAUCACACAGGAGCCUUGGCUGGGUCUCUUCUUCAGGGGCGACAUCUCCAUCAUCAGCAAUUCCAAACCCGCCUACUUCCUGUGAGGUCAGGAACCACACGUGCAGCCAUAAUGUUCCUUGGGGUUUGGUGAUAAACAACUUUCUUUUUACUUGUGAUAAAAAUGUAUUAUAUUGCCUUAUUUAUUUUUAAUCUUGUACAAUAUUCAUGUACAAAUGUUAGAGCCAUUUAGGUAGGAUUCUCUCCAAAUUAUUUAUUUUAAGAUGCUCUGUAAAUAGUGCACCAGUUACAGGUGCUUGAUCACUUGUACCAAAAAAUGAGGAAAAGCCUGGUACCCACUUCAGCCCCUGCUUGUAAUGCUGUGGCCCUUGGGAAAUGACCCUGUUGUGUUCCCUUCCCGCCCCUAGCAUGCCUCCCGUGCCUGACACCGUAGAAUAGAACACAGCUCCAGAAUGCUUCCAAAUGCUUCCAUGGGCUGUGCCAUCCUGGGACAGUCCACUCCUGGGGUGUCUGUACCUACAGGUGUAUGUCCCCACAUGCGCAGCAAUCCAGUUGUUUCUCAGACUCCAAAGCCACCAGGGCUUCCGGACCCCUUCUGUCAUAGAAGCAAUAACCAUAACCUAAUACUGUAGAGACAAGUCUGGCCCAAGCAGAUUGCUGUUCCAGAAACAACCCGUGCACGUGAGAUGGCUAUAAAGGACUGACAUCCAGGUCCCCCAUCCUUCCCAGAAGGCCUAGCUCUAGUUUCUUGGUUCCUAGAGCCAGGAUUGGUACACACACACACCCCACCCUCCAAGAUAUAGCUGAGCAGACUGAGCCAGCCACCAGUCCUGGGCCCCACUGUUGUCACUAAGGAAUAAAGGUGAGGGCAGCCUUCCAAUCCUUACAUCUGUACCUAUCCUCCAGUCGUGAUGUUUUAUGUGACUGAGGGUCAUGAGGGUUUGUUUCAGUGUUGCAACAUUGCAAGGCACUUGUGUCAUAUUCCAGGUGGCACAUCCCACCCUCCUCAGUGUCAUCCUGGUGGGAGAAGGAGACCCCUGAGGGUAUAUCAGGAAAGAGCUAGAAAGGGAUGACGGAGGAUUCAGGCUGUGGGCUUGGCUGGUGGAUAGGAGUGGCUUUCAGAGAGCUCACAUUGUAUUUACAUGUGAGCUGAAGGACUCUUGUACCACUGUCCUAACAGCACUCUUCUGAGACUCUGCAAAUGACUUGUUUAAUGGGUUGAGUAAGAGGGAAACAGUUUGGACUGUGGAAUUGGGGAAGGUUUCACUCAAGUCUCCCGGCCGCCCUCAGCAGGUAAGUUCUAGGACUCUCCAAGUCCCAGGGAUCUUUCACAGGCUGUGCAGAGCUUCUGUCAAUGUACAUUUCAGGGGUGCUGUUGUUAUAGAGCAAGUGUGUACCCUUCACGUAAUAGUGGCAGGGAAAGAACUGCACACCUGUCAGCACCAUGCUGCAGAAGUGAUGCUGGUAUUUUACAUUCUUACAUGGCUGUAAAUAGGUAGCCACCAGAAACUGACUUGCUCAUAUUUUUAAUGGCUUCAACUUUCAAAGGAUGCAUUUGGCUUGGUAAAAUUAAUAACAAGGAUGGAAGCUUGGAUAUUAUGUGGGCCGUUGGAGCAUCUUGCUUCUCUGGCUUUGAAUGUUUCUAUAGCAGGCUUGAGCCAAUAGCUCAUUUCUAUUUACAACUACAGGUUUGGCAGUAGGUUGAUGGUUAAAAGUGUGUAUGCAUAUGCACUUGCACACAUACACAUGUACAAACACACUGUACACACACACAUACACACACACACACAUACGCACACAUGCAUAUUUUCAUAGGGAAUAUGAGAGUUGGUUUGUAUUCCUGGCCCCUUAGGCUGGGAGUUAGAGGAGCUGUUUGGAGAUGUCACUGGACCCAGAGUUCAGAAGGCAAAAUUGGAGCCACCCUCACCUGGCCUGGGGAAAGAACCUCUCAGGUUAAAGAGGUCUCAAUCCAGGAGCUGAGGCACCUAGAUAACGAUCUUAUACAUAAAUCAUUCUGCACUCUUAGACACCAGAGAGAAAACGUGUUGAUAUGUUCACAGCAGACAUGAUGAAUGUGGUAGAAAUGGAGGCUCUUUGACUAAAAGCAACUCCUGGUGCGUGUCAUUUCACAUAUAGAGUUGGAUGACCUGGGGUGGCCUGGUCCUGAUGCUGGCUGAUGACUGCUGCACAAGGGGUUCUUCCUGGCUGGAGGCCACCUGUGAUGCUCUGUGGGCUGGAGGCAAGGAGGAUGUGGUAGGUUCUAGUGGCUGUAACACAAGGUCUGGUACACCGUGAACUCAACUUCACACAGACACACUGAGUCAUGCAAGGCAGGUGUCAACACCCUGCAGAGUCUGCCUCACCUCCAAGAAUUCAGAGGGCACUUUAGAAUGUAUGUGGGAUCCCUGGCCUGGCCCUGAGAGUUUAUUCCUUGUAAACACAGUUCCAAUAAUAGGAGAUGAGAUCUGUCACUCUGUGGUUCAUUCCAUAAACACUUCAGAUCCAACUUCAAGUGCCUCAUUCUGUCACUAAACAGUUAUCUAAUCAACACAUCAUUAUCUAAUGACUGAGACAUUUGGAUUUUUAAGGUUUCUAACCAGUUUAAUCCAUUCUGUUCCACACAUACCAGAUCUGUUCAGUAGCUUAUAAAACAAAAAUUAUUCCACUAGAGGCCACCCUUAAUUCAAAUCAAUGUGUGCUCUUGUGCAUGUGUGUGUGUGUGUGCAUGUGGGUAGACAUGUGUAUGCAUGUCCAAUACGACAUAAAAUUAUUCUACCUGGGGUUAAGAUUACUAACUGAAGAAAAAAAAUAAAUUUGAAUAUAGUGAGCUGUCAUUUGGGACACUUGAUAUCCCAUAAGCUGAGGCAGCACCCGCCAUCCCCCCCCCCCCACACACACACACUGGGCACAUCCCUGAGCCACUCAACCUACUGCUAAGUCUCUUGCAAAAGGACCUCUAUGAUAGCAGCAUUGUGGUCCGGGUGCACUGAGAGACCCCGCUGCUCCUGUUUCUCUCGUCUUGUUGGAUUGAGAGUUUGGGUGUAUGUUGACCGUUGUACAGUGUAGGUGGUAGCUCCACAUGCCGGGUGAGUCUCCAUCCAAACUCUAAGGGGGGAACAAAACGACAUCAAUCUCAGGUAUAUUAGCCCUGCCCUGCCCUCCAAGUUCCGGGAGCUGACGUGGAGGCCACACCUUCCACCUGGUGUGUCAGCUGUGGCCUGUCUGGGUUAUCCAGGGGAAAGAACAAGACUCAGGAGGCUGGCUUGAGUUGUGCUUCCUAAGUAGUGGAAAAAGAAAGUCUUACAAUUCGGAAAAUCGACCACCAUCAUGCCACAUCCUCGGUCCUGUCCAAGUGUUGGUCAUUUAAAAAAUCUAACGAAUGUACUGUGUUUUCUUCAGCAUGUUGCUAGGCCUGCUCAGUCCACACUCAAACAAGGGAGGUCAAUCGUUAUUGCCCCAUUAGUGAACACCUUUGGGGGUCUUUGGUGUGGGGAUAAAUUGAUCAAACAUUCAUUACUAGUACUUCCAUUUAGUUUUGCAAUUCCUGGGCCCCUUCUGUGGGCUCCUUGUUCAUGGGAAGGAAGUGGUUUGCUAAUACUCAAUGCACAUUGUUCUGAGAAUGUGAGGCAGAGAGAGGGAGGGGCCAGGCCUCAACUGUUCAUCUGAUCAGGCCAAGCUGCGUGUUUUCUGUUGCAGUUAAGGUCUCUGCUAAGCCAAGUGAAAUCUGUAAGAACUAGGCUGCUGUUGAUGCUAUCGUCUACAAAACAAUGCUUACCCAGUGUGGUGCAGGGACGCACCCAGGUCCCUUGUGGGCAAGACUUGCUUGAACCCCACAUUUGGAGCAUGUGGCCAAGUGCUGUUUGGUUCUGUAUUUCUUGGCUUCUUGUUGCUAAAUUAGAGCCGUUUGAUUCCUUUCCGAUUGGCUGCGUUCCUCCAAAGUUAGAGACAACCCAGCAAGAAAUUAGAACCCCUGGCUUCAGCCUUAUAGUGCCCUUGAUAGUCUCAAACGUUUCGAAACACAAACUGACAUUGUGUCUAGUGGUAUCUUCUUCAACAAAUCUUUUCUGAAAAGGCCUGACAUCGAAUAGGCAGAGCUAUGGCACUCUUGUAGAGCCCAAGCCACACUGCCCAGCCAGCCUGGCUCCAGUUACAGCUCUAACCUUCAAUGCUCCCAUGCUUCAGGCAGGCAUGCACAGUGGUGAGGGUACCUUCCCAGGAGUUUAGAGAGAGUUCUCCAGGAGUGCAUAGAAAGCAAGGAAGGGACAAUGGUGCAUGACAGAAAGCAUGGCUGCCUCUCCCAUAUACACGAACCCCACAUGCUUUCCAGUGGUUCUUGCUGAUGCCAGACUACAUCCACUUCAGAUGCAUUGGUUUCCAAACAUUUCCAGCCAUUUGCCGAGAAUUAGCAUUUCAACGGAGAUGCUAUCUGAGACUGACUCCAGAAAUCUCUUAGACUUCAUAAACUUGUAGGAUUGCCUGCAAGAACAUUUGCAGGCCACUAGAUCUGCCUGGGGUGGUCCCCCGGCUCCAUGGCACAGCAUUGGGAAGUGGGCCUGACAGCAGCCAGAAACUUGUUUCUCACCUCCCACCAGCAACCUCCACUCAGCCCCAGACCCCAGGCACAUGAAGCACAAGUCUCAGGGGACCGUUCCCGUGCUGUGGGGAGCCCAAGGAAGCCCCCAGCAUCUCUUGCAUACACCACUGGCCACCAGGAGCACACAUGCCUGGGGAAGAGGGGCCUGCUCUGUUGCCUUCAUCCCUGUUAAAAUUGAGUAUAUGCAAGCCAUUUGCACUAGGGAAUUGCAUGCCAUGAAAUUCCUAACUGUGUGCACCUUAGUUUGAAUUUGACGUUAUGUAGCAUGCACAAAGAAUGGAUGGGCUCGGACUUGUCCCCAAGUCACCUCUACCGCUCAUUGGGAGCACAGCGCAACCCUCAGUCAAUCCCAGGUUCCAUGGGGCCCGUGUGGCUCCAGCACUUACUGUGCAGUGGCUCCCUUUCCCACCUUGCGCCCACUUAAGCUGAUUGCUCACCAAUUUGCACAAACGGAAUUGUUAUGAUCACGUCUUAGCAGUAAGUCCAUCAUGAUUUAAAGUAAGCCCAAAGCCCACUUCUGGAGCUCCUUACUUAAAAAAAAAUAAAAAUAAAAAAAAAUAAAAUAAAAAAAAAGGCAUGUGUAAGCACCUGUGUCCUGUGUUUAUCAAGAAAGCUUUGAGUCCCUCAGUGGGAUAGAGGGUGCAUGGACAAAGGGGGCAUUUUAUCCCACAUGAUACACUUACCAGAUGUGUCCGUAGCUAUGAGAACUCGAUGAUUAUAUUCACAAUAACUCAAUAUCACUGGGUAACCUCUCACAAUAGAUUUGUAUAAUCAAUACGGGUCUAUUUUUAUGUCAACUCUGUAGAGCCACCUUCCAGUCUUUUUCAAGAUUGUUAAAUUGAGAUGAGUAAUUGAAUAAUUUGUCCUAUUUUUAUUUAAAAAGUGAAUGAACUGAGAUGUUAAUGUGAAUGUACAUUUCUUAACUGCAACUUUUCUACUGAGUGUUUGCACUAUACUCUCUGGGGUCUUAUUUAACAAAAAUAAAGGAGAAAAAUUGCUUG